AUGGUAAGCCUUAAGUAUUUGAAUUUAUGCUUGGUAUGGAUAUUUUUGAGAAGCUUAAUCUGUGUUUCUGCUGUUGCUAUAGUAGGAAAAAAUGAAAAAUUCGAUAGCUGGUUUACUCAUAAUUUCAAGCGUUAUUUCAUCAGCUCGUCCGAAGCUAAAUUUUCCACUGCUGUUAAUUACUGUAAAAAUAAUUACAACGGUAGCUUAAUAGAGAUUAAUGAUGCAGCCGAAAAUAUCGCUCUUAAUAAAAUAGUAGGAACAUUAACUAAUAGUACUGGUGGCGCUUCCAGCUUAUAUUGGAUUGGACUGGUAGAUCAGAACGGGACAUUCACUAAUGCAACUUGGAUCGACAGUAAUACUACUGUUGGAAGUUGGAAUACUUGGCAUCAAGGAAUCGUAGUAAAUUCAUCGAAAUUAUGUGCUGGUGUGUCGUAUGGAGCUCAUGCCAUUCAGCUAAAUUGGACUAACUUACGAUGUUGCGAUCAUUAUCGUUUCAUUUGCCAGCUUGAUUUAACUUCUAACAAUUCUCAAUCUGAGCUUUCGUCGUAUCCUUUAUCCGGUUAUCACUUACCCACACAAGCUAGUGUAAAUAGCUGCAACCCUCCAUCAAUGCGCUAUAAUAAGACUUGCAUUACUGCAAUUCAUGACCCAUUGCCGUUUUCCUUAUGCAAAGACUAUUGUGAAGCUGUGGGUAAGCGAUUAAUUCAAAUUGAAUCUAAAGAAAAAUUGCAAGCUAUAAAAUCAGCUAUACCAGCAGCCAUCUACUCGGAGAUGUGGAUUGGAUUAAGAAGUCUAAAGACUACGGUAACGGGUAUAGCGGACUUUCAGUGGUUAAAUAGCAGUUUACCACCAUUUACCAAUUGGGAAAAAUUUCGUCCGCUCAAAGAACAGGAUCCUCAGUCUGGAAAAUGUGUUACAAUGAGCAGUAAAACUUUUUUAUGGAAUAAUCGACGUUGUACUUCCUUUUAUCCAUUUUUAUGCGAGCAAGAGCUCACUUGUCCCGUGGGAUGGUGGCAACUUGGAGAGAAAUGUUAUCAGCCUUCCAGCAGUAAUUUUAAGCAAUGGUCUACGGCAUUUUAUCACUGUCAGGAAAGCCACGCUCGCUUAGCCAUUUUGCAUGAUGAAUCCGAAUUUAAUUUCGUUGCUAGUAUAGUUCGAUCAACGGGAAAGUCUGUUUGGAUUGCUCUCAAGUCGAAUACUAGUGGACUACAGUGGAUUAACGACAUUUUAUUUGACACACAUCGAAACUUGAAUACACUAGAUCUCUGCAUGGUAGUUAACAUAACUAGCAAUGUUGUCUAUUGGCAGCUACAAAAUUGUCUUAAUAACUACAACUUUUACUCGCUAUGUGAGAAAGCUACAUGCCCAUAUGGUUGGCUUGUCUACAAUAAGCGAUGCUACGACUUUCAUACUGGUUUAGUCCCUAACUCGGAAGUGAGUAAAGAAUGCUCACUGGGAUCUCAGCCGGUUAUAAUUAAUGAUGCAAAUACGGGUGCCAUCAUUAAUGCGAUGAUCAGUAAUGGAAAAGAAGUAUGGAUUGGUUUGCAGUAUGUUAAUGGAUUCUUCUUCUGGUAUGGAAGUAACCUUGGUUUAAAUUAUUCCGUAUGGGCCAAGAAUCAGCCCAGUCUUGGAGGAAGAGCACAUUCUAAAUGCCCCACUUUUUGGAAUAAUAAUGGAUCUAGUUGUAUUAGAACUACCUACCUUCCAAUGAGCUUUUACGAGGCGCGUGAACUGUGCGGUUAUCACAGUUCGGAUCUGCUUAUACUAUCAUCAAAAAAAUUGCAAGAUUUUGUAGAAAAUUUGAUACUACUAGAAACACAAAAUAUGUCAGAAAGUAUCGAUUUGGACGGUGCAUCCUUUUGGCUUGGGCUAUAUAAAACCAAUCAAACAUUUCGCUGGUUACAGGACUCGAGUAUACUACAUCCAGUUACCAAAUUAGGGAUCAAUAGUAGUAAUAAUCAUCACCAGUGCGCUGCAAUGAAAUAUGUUUCCUUUCAAAAGUCUUGGGUCUGGUAUCCGGUAGAUUGCAUCGGUCAUAAAGCAUAUCCAAUUUGUCGAAAGAUUCUAACCAGUAAAGGAGCAUCUACCACGAUACAGCCAGCAGUAGCUACGACUACUAAAUCAACUCUAGCUUCAACUUCGACACCAAAUAGUAUCAUUCAAGAUGAUAAUUACGAUCAAAUUGUCGAUGAUUCUGGAUUAAAAUUAGCGGAAGGAUUAAAUUCUACAAAUUCAAAUACUGUCCAAGCAACGAAAUAUAACAAGACCUUAGACGUUCAUUAUUUUGUAAUGAGUGGAAUUAGGAUAAACUUCAAAAAGGAUAUCGAUGUUGACGUAGAAGAUAGAUUAGCUACCGUACAGUUCAAAGGGCCAGAAUACCCACAAAAGAUUGAGAUUCCACCAUCCGUAGUGCCAACUGAUUUUAGUGGGAGGUUUCAUAUGGCUGUAGGAGUUUAUAAAACGACACCCAAUCAAUACAAAAGCAGCUCAUCGAUACCAUUAAAGUUUGCUAUUUCGUGCAGUAUUAAACCUAUGGUCGAAGGAAGAUUAAGUAAUCCUGUCGUAAUUUAUUUUAGAAUCGAACAGAUUCCUGCAGUUCAUAAGCGAAUAUUAAGUAUCUUAACCUACAUUGGAUUGUCAAUUUCUUUGAUGUGCCUGCUAUUUACAUUUAUAACCUUUACGGCUAUCAGACGAUUUCAUAGCAUCCGUGGUAUGGUACAUGCUAAUUUAGCGGUAUCGAUGAUCAUUUCUACGUGCAUAUUUUUAUUUGGAAUUGAAAAGACGCACAACGAGGGGCUAUGUCAAGCCAUCGCUUUUAUGCUGCAUUUUUCAUUUCUGGCUUCCUUUUCCUGGAUGUUGGUAGAAGGCACACCAUUAGUCACUGUUCUUGCUGCCUUCCUUUCCAAUCAAGGAUUAUACGGCACAGCGGACUAUUGUUGGAUUAAGCCCGGUAACUUUUUACUUUUGGCUUUCGGCAUUCCAGUUAUGAUUAUCAUAGCUAUCAAUCUUAUUCUUAUGGCACGAAUUACUAAAACCUUAAUAGGAAUUCGUGCUGUUGCUAAUAAAAGCAGCUUACAAAAAGUCAAGGUCUCCCUUCGUGCUGCUGUUGCUUUACUGCCGUUGCUUGGAGUUACAUGGGCAUUUGGUUUCAUAUCAGCUAACAAUUCUACGGUUACAUUUUCUUACCUUUUUGUUAUAUUUAAUUCACUACAGGUCAAGAAAUAUUAUAUGAAUUGCUUUGCAAAAGGUCGAAAUGUUAUUUCUUCCAUGAAAAAUUCCGAUACUGGAGGACUGGGUGCAGCUUCCAAGCAAGCAUUAAGCAAAUUAAUUUGUGUUAUAGAGCAACAAUUCGAAUAUGAUAGCAUAAUAUGA